CUUGCUUUUUGGUGCUGGGCGACGGCCGCGAUGACCAACUGCCGCCUCCUGCGCCAGGGCCUCGAGCUCUUCGUGCCACCGCACCCGGCGCAGCUAACGCCGACGGCGGUCUUCCUUCCGACAGUCGAAGACGAGCGCGUUUGCUUCGACAUUGGCCUGCGCUGCGUCGAGAAGGGCGUCUUCACCUUCUGUCUCGAGUGCGACCGCGCUGGCAGUCGCUUCAAGAAGUUUCUUCAUCUGAGCCUCGCGUCGGCGCGGGCGCUCUUGGCCUCGCUGCAGGCGCCGCCCGCGUACGAGGAAGUCGCGGCGGUGGCGAUACCGCACCCGAUUCUCGGCGCACUCCUGGGCUGGCGCCGCUCCGCCCGCGAAGUCCUCCGCUUCCUCUUGCGCCUCUUUGACACGCCGCGCAUCCUCGUGGACCCGCGCUUGCACGUGGGCUUGCGCCUUGGCGCGGACGAGGCGAAUGGCGUGUGCGAGAUCGCGUGCCAGAUGCACCUGUGGCGCACUCGGGCCAACCACGUGCGGCAGCGGGCGAUCUACGAAGCCCGGGCGAUCGUGCAAGCCGUCUACUGCCACGACUGGGAGCGUGCGGUGCUCACGGCCAAGGUACUUGCGCGCUCCAGCUCGCGCAGCUCGUGCCACCAGCCACUGCGACUGCCCUUGCUCGUCUACGACCACGACACGUGCUUCCGGGUGCUUCUGCCUACAGCCCACGACGCCGGGCAAGUGUUGGGGCCCGGUGGCAUCUUGUAUUUUGUAUUGACCACGACGCACGACCACGGCUACGCGCUGCAAGACUUGGACGGGCACACGCUUGCCGCAGUCGGGUGGGUGUCACCGACGUCGGUCGUCGUCCGCCGUGCGAUGCCGGCGUGCCGUCUGCAUCCCCAGAGCCGUGACGAGAGCCUCGUCGAUGUGCUUGUCGCGACCAGCGCCCACGGGCAGAUUGCUUUUGGUGUGACCAACCUCCCCGGGCUCCUCGGCGGCUUUGCUACCCUCUGCGUCACCUCUAAUGACAGGUCCGGUCUCAACUAUGAGAUGACGGCGCGCAACAGUGCGGGAUUUGUCAUCUUCAUGGCUCAAUGGCGUCAAAUGAGACCGGCGUCCGCGACCAAACCAUCCCGCUCUGCACCACCGACGCGAACGACGUCGUCGUCGUUCGAGUUGACAGUGUACCCAAGCCACGACGUGCUCGUGCUCCUGGCCAUGGGCAUCGCCCUCGACCUCCUACAGGAGAGCUCGGGCGCUACCUCCAGUGGAACGCUUUUAGAAUAGGAGCAAAAUGCUAGUAUGCAUAAUGCCAAGUAUCGAGGCCUC